CCUGCAGCAGUUGGUGGAACACAGGUGGAUCACUGGUGGAGCAGUAGCUGCAGGAUCUGGUCCUGGGCUUUCUCUAAACAGCCAGCUCCUAGCCUCAGCCCCGGAUCUGGCUUCUGGGUCAACAUUCUCAUCUCCUCCUGUGCUCCCAGAAUUGCUUCAGGGCUGCCAAAGGUGGAAAGGAGAGGGAAAAUGAAGAGGAAAGCAAGAGUCCGCAUUAAGCCACACAUCAAUGUUGGCAGCGACUUUCAGGCUGAGCUCCCUGAGCUGCAGGCCAGACCCCCAACUGAGGAUGAAGAACAUGCAUCCCUGGUCUGGAAGCCGUGGGAGGACACUGAUUCUGACAUGGAAACACAUGACAGAGUGAGAGAUCUGCUUGACAUGGCCAUCUCCAGUGGCAUUCCUGGGGCAGCAGCUAACCUGGAGCUUGCCCUACACUGCCUGCAUGAGGCGCAGGGCAAUGUUCCGGAGGCUCUGGAGAUGUUCCAGUCAGGGCAGCCUCAGACACCUCAAGGCCAUCCCUUGGCUGAUUAUCAUUAUGCAGGCUCUGAUACAUGGACACCUCAUGAGAAGGAGUCAUUUCAAAUGGCUUUUCACACCUAUGGGAAGGAUUUUCAUCUCAUCCAGAAGGAGAUUCAAAGUAAGACUGUGGCACAGUGUGUGGAGUACUACUACUCCUGGAAAAAAGAAAGUAGGAUUGCUCCCCCUCCUGCUCAGACUGUGGGUGGAUCAAAGAGGAGCAUAAACCCUCCCAAGGAGGAGAACGGGGAGAUGGAGAAGAGAGUCCGAAGAAGGCCCCGCAGCACUGUAUGUCCAUGCUGCAAAUCGCCACAGCCACCCCGCUCAGCAGGAGGCCUGUUUCCGUGUAGGACAUGCAAACGGGUGUUUGAAACAAUGAAGGAAAGGAACAGACAUGAGAGAAGGCAUUACCCACAGAAGGAAGAUGAGCCUCACCCCAAGAAGAAAAGAGCAAAUGAGGGGUUGUCUGGGGCUAGCAAGAGUUAGAUGUAAAUAAGAGUUGAUGUAAAUUAGAUUGGUUUUUAAGGUUUUAGGGUUGAGGUUUUUUCCUGUUUAGUUUAUUAGAAAGAGAUUUUGGUUAGUUACUGUAAGAGGCUUGGUGUUAUGUUCUAUAUUUUAUCUUUUUGCAUUUAUUAAGUCAUUAAAGCAAAGUU